AUGUCAGAAAGAACCACUCUUAAACAGGGAAGCUGCACAUGGGACAUGGGCCAAUACUAUGCAAGCCAGCCGCAACCGCUGGGUAAGAUGGCGAGGAGGGGACGCGAUACACAGUUUAUUCUGCUGACAGAUGGCAGGAGCAACCCUCGCUGUCGAAAUGUUCCGAAUGGGGCAAUUGAGUCAAUAACUACUGAGUACGGAGGUGUGCAGUCCAAGCAGGAAAGCGCGAACGAGAUGAGAAGAUACGUCAGAACCAGAAGCCACGCGUCGCAGAGAGAAAAGAAGAAGCCUACUUCAUCCCGCGCACCUGGUUCAGACGGGCAGUGGGGCGGAAUGAGAAAACGAAAGAGGUUGCAGGACGAGCAAGGGUCAAAGUUGGAAGUUUCGAAUACUCAGUCAACGGACGGGAAGGCAGUCGCCGUGCACUUCUUGAGGGGAGGAGCCGUCUUUCUCCAGAUCCAAAAUACGGGAGACUCACAACAAGCCGCCUUUGGCAUCCGGUUUUCAACCCAUGGCAGUUUACGUCGAUACCACGGCCCUUUCCACGUUCUCCCGGGCCAAAUGCUUACGCGUUUGAAUCCGAAAGACGAGCACAGAAAUUGCAAAGGAUUCCAAAUGAACGCUGGUCGUGGGAGGGGCCGCAUGCGAGCCACCGUGUCUCAGUCCAAAGGCCAAGGUUAUGCAGCACCUCGCUUUCUUGCUUCUGGGCUGGAUGGUUUGUCUGGCUUGGCGCUUCUCCCUUCAUAUUCGACAUUCAAUGCAAAAGACGGAGGGCUGUGGAUUGGUUACCUGGCGGCCGGAACGCCUCUGCGGGCCCAUGUUGCAUUCGGCCGCCCCCCGACGUAUUUGCAGGUUUUCAGCUCCAACAUUAAAGAGGAAGGAGAGUAG